AAGACCUCCAGUGAUGAAAUUCCUGUUUAAGUUGCUGAUGUCACUUCCUUUAAUAUAUUUUUUUUCCCCGAAAUGUUAAAUGGGGCAUGGUUUUGUUUUCCGGUACUUUUGUUAAUAAAGGGUCUUAUAAUUAUUAGCUGGAAUAGUGGAUGUAAUUGAAAUACGACGCAGGUGCAAAAAAAAAAAAAAACAAGAAAAUUAUACGGAUUACGACCACAAACGCCAUUUGGGGAAACGCGGCGCCUCCAGUCUGCAUUAGCAGCACAUUGAGGAGGAGCAACACAUUCUUCAUCCUAUACUUCUGCAGAAAGAACAUCCAGCCAUCACCUACCUACACCCUAACAUAUAGACUAUUAGGUUAUUUUUCAUCUUAAUUUUUUACUUGUCUAAACAGGUGAGUAUUAGUUUGAGGUGUUUUUAUUAGUAGUAGUAAUUUACCGUAAUUACAUGCUUCUAUGAGUUGAUAGUAGGAUGAAGAAAUGGUCAGGCUGAGACUUAAUUUUUUACCAUAUUUUAUAUAUUCAAAUAUAAUCAAACCCCUUUAAAACGUUAAAUUCGAAUCUAAGCUGUAAAUCAGACCUGCUCAUGUUCACACUGGUUAAACUCCAUAUAUGGAGAUCAGUUUAUUACCACACAUGCGGUUACAUCAUUCAGUAUUUUUUCUUGAAAUUUCCUCAAAAGGCUUCAUAAGCAGGAAAUGUUCCUCAAACACAGAGAGGUCUUGAACCUGUAAAAGAGACUUCUCCACCCAGUAGAACAGCUUCUCGGUAAGGAAACCAGACUCAGGGCUUUGUUGCUGGUUGGGGUCAACUCUGAAUGCUGUACAUCAUGACCAACAACAGCACUUGCAUGGAAGCUCAGAGCUUUGUUGCCCCUGCACUAAUUCCCAUGUUGCUUUUGGACGUCAUUUUGGGUUUACCUGGGAAUAUCCUUGCUUUAUGGUUCCUUGGCUUUCGUGCUUCCUGGAAGUCAGCCAAUAUUUACCUCCUCAAUUUGGUGCUGGCUGAUAUCCUGCUGCUCAUUGCUCUUCCCUUUCACAUUGACAGUUUGCUGCGUGGCAGAUGGAUUUUUGGGGUUCCUUUUUGCCAAAUCAAUUUGUUCAUGCUGUCAGUCAACCAGUCAGCAAGCAUUGCUUUCAUGACUGUAUUGGUGGUGCAUCGCUUCUACAUUAUAGUUCACCCACACCAUCCCGUUUCCCACCUAAACAUUCGGAGUUUGGUAAUGGUGGCCUGUGGAGUCUGGAUAGUUGUGAUGACCCUUCGCCUUCCGCUGCUCGUAACUCGGCUACUAAGACCAACUGAAAACUCAUCUGUGUUACUUUGCCAAAAUAUUGACAUAUGGACAGACACUGGAGCAGGCAUGAAGUUUCACAAUUCACUUUAUAUGAUAGAGUUUGCAAUAGCUUUCCUGGUAGUAAUCAUAUGUUCAGUGCGUAUCUUUUACUGUUUACGUGAAAAAAAGAAUCUGAGAAAGCACCGAAGAGUGAAACGGACCUUCUACGUACUUUUGACAGUGGUGAUCAUGUUGACCUUUUGUUUCCUGCCCAAUUACAUCACAGGCUUUGUGUCCUUCCUCAGAGAUGUCUCCACAUGCUCUUCAUACCUUGUUUUGAGUCAAGUGUUUAGUGUUUCUUUAUGCUUUGUGUUUUCAAACAGUGCUCUGGAUACGGUUCUGUACACUUUAGCAAGUGCAUACUUCCGAAACACAAUCAAAGAAGCAUCCAAUUCUACAGGGUUUACCAAGUUUCGAAUAAGUGAUAAGCAAUCGAGAUCUCCUCGACGAUCCUGAGCCAUGGACUUUAUAUUAUUUUACUACCAGGUCAGCAUUGGUCACUUUAAAGCCUAUUUUACAUUGAAAUGAAGGUGACAUACAUUCAGCAAGCAACAAUUGCUUUCCAGUGGGUAUGACUGACCGAAGUCAGGUUUUUCCUCUUUAUAUUUUAGCCUAUUGUUUAUUAGCUCAAUACGAGCAUAGCAUGGAGAAUCUGCUGUAGAAGUUGUUAUAAAAUCUGUUAUAAAAUCUAGACUGCAAAAUACCGCAUAAAAGCUGCAUUUGUAAAAGGCCACUACCUACAGAAAAUUUGUGCCAAAAUGACUGUUCUGGCAUAGUUUUCAUGUAAUUUUGAAAACACAAAUAUAAUGGACACUGCACACUGCUUGGGUUAACACCAGGUUAAAUCGAAUAUUUUCUUUUUUUGCCACUGCCCUUUUAGUGCAUCCAGUGAGCUUUUAUCUUUUCAUUGUCAGGGCAGGAACUGAUUACGUAUUUCAUGUUGGUUAAAUUAUAACUGGUGCAACCAAUGCUGAAAGAGUUUGCAGCUCCACAUCUGGUGCAACAUAUGCAACAUAUUAUUGUCUAAUUUUGCUGAUGUUUAAUUUGACACUUCUUUAUGCAUCUAUUUUGUGAUUCAUUGACAAGAUACUCACAAGGCUCUCACCUACAAUUAAUGGUGUAUUGUAAAUUUCUAAAUUUAAUGUUUUUUUAUUUUUUGGUCUUGUAAAAUAGGUGAAUAUAUUUUUUAUGUAAGCAUUGUUUUCUGCUCUUGAUACUGUAACAGUAUAUUUUCCCUCAGGAGCCAUAGUAAUUAAAACUUUUUUAUGUAUAUAAUGGUAGAGAGACACCUUAACAAAUGUCGACAAUAGCAUACAUGUUUGUACAGUCUCAUAUUUGUACUUCUUUAAGCUUAAUCAAUGAAUGUAUUUUAUGCUUUCAGUCUGCCAUUAUUCAAUACAGAGCUCCAUUUACAAAAAAGAAAAACACUUAUGCCAUUUUGACAAAAGUUACAAUGUUUUAUAUUAUUUUAUAUUAAAAUGUUUGUUUUAUGUCUUUAUUUAUUACCAU